AUGGUACCAGCGCCACCACACCAGCCUUCUUCGACUACACAAUAUCCAAUGGUCAUACCGGAGAGAACUCAAAGGGAAUACUCAAGGUCAUCUGUUGGACACGAACACGAACACGAGCACGUAUUCAAACCCACAGAUAUCCCUGUUGGAUACUUAUUUGAACCCACAGAUGAAGAAAUAAUCCUCUGCUACCUCAACAAAAAGAUCGCAGAACCUAAUUUCCGAGUCUUUUAUAUACAAGAAGUUGAUCUUUACGAAUUUCAUCCUAGAGAAAUCAUCAAAGGAUGCACAACCAAGGACCAUUAUUUUUUCACUCAGAGGAAGAGGAUGCAUCAAGGAGGCACAAGGGCAAGUCGACAAACUAAAGAUGGAUCAACUUGGAAAGCUACUAGUGGAGUACAGGAUAUUAUGGAUUCCACCAAAUCAUACAAAAUUGGUUCUAAGACUACUCUCACCUACGUGCAGAAGAAACCAGAAACAAUAAAGGGUCAAAUCAAAACCAACAACUGGAUCAUGCAUGAGUUUCAAGCAGCUGAGGAAACUACAACUAGCAUGAAGCUGUCUGACUGGGUGAUAUGUCGAAUACACGAGAAGAAGAAGAAAGCUGCUCAUGACGAAGAGGAUGAUGAUGAGGAUCUUAGUAUUGAAGAAGAAGGAGAUGAUGAUGAAGGUGAUGAGUAUGAAAACUUAUUAGAAAAUUAUCUGUCCAUGGAUGUUGAAGAAGAUUGUGAAGUAGGAGAAAUGCAAGAAGAAGAGAACAUAGGCACUGAUCAUGAUCAAGGGAUUGACAAUUCUAUGGAUGGGGACUUUGCCAAAUUCUUGGAAACUUAUGUGUCCUUUGAUGUUGAAGAAGAGGGUGAAGUUAUGAACAGUUCUAUGGAAGGAUGUAUAAGGGAGAGCAGAGAAAAUAAAGUUGAUGAAGGGAAGGAGAUGGAAGAAGACUUGAAUCAAGUUGUCAUGAGUGAUUUUAUGGAUGGUGGUGGUCCUUUGCUUCACAGUUCCUUAGAUGGACUGCAAAAAGAAGAGAACAAUUCUAUGGAAGGUGAUGAAGAAUACGCUAAAUUAUUAGAAAAUAUUUUGUCCACAGAUGUUGAAGAAGAAGAUUGUGAAGUAGGUGGGGAAAGGAAAGAGAAAGAGAAAGGGAAAGGAAUGUUGUAUGAUCUAGAUGUGGGUGAUAUUAUGGAUGGUGACUUGUCUAACAGGUUCCUGCAGAAAGAAAAUACUGAUCUCCCCUCAACUUCCCAACAGAUUUCAUAUCAUCAUAAUUAUUCCUACCAUCACUUCCCAGCAGCAAGCGUCAACCACAGUAACACCUUUACUUACGGUACUGAUGAUAUGAGCUUCAAUGUCAUGAUGUAUUCUCACUCUUUCACAAAUGGAUAUUCUUCAUCCAUUGAUCACACAGACUUGACACCCUUGCCCGACUCUUUCACUGAUGGAGGAUGUUUUUCAAGUCCUACAGAGUUGCUACCCUUGCCCGACUCUUUCACAAAUGGAGGAUGUUCUUCAAGUCAUACAGAGUUGCUACCCUUGCCAGACUCUUUUACAAAUGGAGGAUGUUCUUCAAGUCAUAUACCCUUGCCCGACUCUUUCAAGUGGUCUUGGUGA